UUCAUCACACAGAACUAAACCUGCAGACAGUUUCCCGCGGAUCCCGCGCGCGCGCGCACUGCAGAUGCGUGAACACUUUUACGCUUUCCUUCCAUAGAGACUCGCAAAGGAAAUAUAUACGUAUAUAGAGAGAGAUCACACCCGCGCAUCAUUCCGACGGACCGAGCCGAGCCGGGUCUGGAUCAUCAUCGGGCAACAGGAGGAUCUCAAACACAGUCCGAGUGGAUGUUGAAUCGCGCUUUCCAUGGUGCUGGAAAUGAUCUGAUAUCUCAGUCCCUCAUCAUCAUUAUCAUCAUCAUCGUCAGCAUCUGCACAGGUGCUUCUUUGGUUGAUGCUCUUCAUGGAUUGUAAGAUGGUGGAUGUUCUCCGUGGCCGGAGGAGGUUGCGUGUGUCUGUGUUUAAGCCGCCGUGUUCGUUCUGGUUCCUGAUGCUGUUUGGUGUCGGAGGACUCGUUCUCUUCAUACACCUGCAGGAUCUGUCGGAGAUGGUUCUCCAACAGGCUCCAGCAGGUGUGAAGUUCAGGAGCACCACUCAGUCCAGACAGGAGCAGUGUGGCCAGUUCAGUGAGAUGGUGAGACUCCACCAGCGUUCAGAAGAGGGCGACGUCGACCCCAUCGUGCCCAUGCAGCUCCCAGACUCCCAGUGGAAACGCCAAGCUCCCACACCGGGGUCCCGGGAACACGACCCGGGCUCCCAACAGGUCACCAAACGCCACAGGAAACUGCUAAAGACCAGUCCAGUGCACACAAACUCCUCGUCAUCGUCGUCGCACUCGGAGAUCUCGCGGCGUCUCUCUGACGUUCAGGAGUCCCGCCGCCGGAUCGUACGCGAGGUCUGCGGGAAAUAUCGGAGUAACAUCUCUCGGACGAUUACGCCGCAUCACGUGUCGCGCAUUUACGUGGAGGACAGACACAAACUCCUGUACUGCGAGGUCCCGAAAGCCGGAUGCUCCAACUGGAAAAGGCUCCUGAUGGUGCUAGCCGGAGUCGCUAACUCCACGCGGGACAUAAAUCACGUGUCCGUUCACUACGACAAUCACCUGAAACGCCUGGACAGCUUCGACCGGCAAGGAAUCAGCAAGCGUUUGGAAACGUACACUAAAGUUCUGUUCGUACGCGAGCCCAUGGAGCGCCUGGUGUCCGCGUUCAGGGACAAAUUCGAGAGCCCGAAUUCCUACUACCAUCCCGUAUUCGGGAAGCCCAUCAUCUCCAAAUACAGAGUGAACGCAUCGCAAUCGGCUUUGAAGACGGGAAGCGGAGUGACCUUUCGGGAGUUCAUCCACUACUUGCUGGACGUGCACCGUCCCGUGGGAAUGGACAUCCAUUGGGAAGCAACCAACCAGCUCUGCAGCCCCUGCCACCUGCACUACGACUUCAUCGGGAAAGUCGAGACCUUGGAGGAAGACGCCAACUUCGUUUUACGGAAGAUCGGGGCGCCGGAGAACCUGACGUACCCCUCGUUUAAAGACGGGAACCCCAAAGCGGCCAGAACUUCCACUCAGAUCACGCAGCUUUACUUUUCCCAGCUGAACGCUUCGGAGCGCCAGCGAGCGUAUGACUUCUACUACAUGGACUACUUGAUGUUUAACUACUCCAAACCCUACAAGGAUCUCUACUGAAGCUUGGUUACGUCGCAGACGCUCUAAUUAAACUAAUCCACAUUCACACAGUCUCAUCCUCUUGGAGAUUCAGAUGGAGAUUGCACAAAAUGCUCUUUAUUUAACUGACGGCAUACAUUUUGUAAAAACUCAAUCAGAACUAUCAAAUGUUUAAUGGUAACACUUUACAAUAAGGUUCAUUAGUUAACAUUAGUUAAAGGAGUAGUUCACUUUUGAGCUGAAC